GGGUGUCGGCUUUGAGCGAUUCCAAAGCCUGGGCCGAACUCGUGUCCGUUAACGCGAAGUAUGUCUACAAAAUACCAGCGAAGAUGAGCUACGAAGACGCGGUGGCCGUCACCAUGAAUUACGUGGUUGCGUACGCCCUCCUCUUCUGUGUCGGUAAUCUUAAGAGCGAUCAAACAGUUCUCGUCCACUCUGUCGGCGGAGGUGUUGGUCAAGCGGUGGCACAAUUGGCCAAAACUGUUGGUAACGUAACACUGAUUGGAACCGCUUCCAAACACAAGCACGAGUCGAUCACGAAUGUGACUCAUCUCAUCGAUUCCGCCAAUGAUUAUGUCCAGGAAAUCAAGAAGAUAUGUCCCGAUGGCGUGGAUUUAGUGUUGGACUGUAUCUGUGGAGGCGAUGCCAACAAAGGCUACAAUUUAUUGAAACCUAUGGGACGCUAUGUGUUGUAUGGUAUGUAUCGUAUU